AUGGCGAACUUGUAUAGCGAUGGCCUUGAUGACUUCGCAAAGGCCCAAGAAGCGGGCAGCUCUAGUCCCACCGCAAUAUUUACUGCCCGCCGAGGUAACAAGCCAUCCGCAUCGCAAGAUCCGUUUACUAUCGGCUCGGACCCGUUUUUACCGGUUCAAAAUAGGAACGCAGGACCUCGGGCAACAAACGGUCACUCCGCAACUCCCGUCGUGCACGGUAUUCCGCUCGUGAGCCUUCGCCAGGCCUUACCAGACCGAUUCCGCACCAUUUUCCCGUAUGAGCUUUUAAACGCCGUGCAAUCCAAAUGCUUCGAAGCUGUCUACCAUACGAAUGACAACGUCAUAGUUUCUGCCCCCACCGGAAGCGGGAAGACGGCAAUAUUGGAGCUGGGCAUUUGCAAAUUAGCCCUUGACCGAGGAAACGAAAACUUCAAGAUUGUGUACCAAGCACCCACGAAAGCGCUCUGUUCCGAACGGGCUCGGGACUGGGAAAAGAAAUUCAACCACAUGAACCUGAAGUGCGCGGAGCUGACCGGCGAUACGUCCCAAGCUGAGAUGCGCCGGGUCGGUGAUGCUGCUAUCAUUGUCACAACCCCAGAAAAGUGGGAUUCGAUUACCCGCAAGUGGCAAGAUCACAGACGACUGUUGCAAAUGGUGGAACUGUUUCUCAUCGACGAGGUUCAUAUCUUGAAGGACGGCCGUGGUGCUACGCUUGAAGCCGUAGUGUCCCGCAUGAAAACGAUCGGGGCAAACGUUCGGUUUCUUGCCCUCAGCGCAACUGUGCCUAAUUCUGACGAUAUUGCACGUUGGCUAGGCCGUGACCACACCAAUCAGCAGCUACCUGCUCACCGUGAAACUUUCGGCGAGGAGUUCCGCCCGGUCAAGCUUCAAAAGUUUGUCUACGGAUUCGAGAGCAAAGGCAACGACUACAUCUUUGACAAAUUUCUCGACCAGAAGCUCCCCGGUUUAGUUCACAAACACUCUCAGCGCAAGCCGACCCUCGUUUUUUGUUUCACCAGAAAGUCCUGCGAGAGCACAGCGGCCAUGCUGGCAGAAUUUGCCUCUGCCCGGCCGGAUGGUGAUCGGGUGUGGCCGACGCCUUCUCAGCGCGUCCCGGUCAUCAGCAGGGAGCUCCAGGAAAUUGUCCGAUUUGGGGUUGCUUUUCACCACGCCGGUCUCGAUGCCCAAGAUCGAGCGGCCGUUGAACAGAACUUUUUGAAAGGACAACUGGGUGUUAUUUGCUGCACCUCAACACUCGCAGUCGGCAUCAACCUUCCCUGCCAUACUGUUGUGUUGAAGGGCACAGUUGGAUUCGCCAGUGAUAAGCUUGAAGAAUACUCUGACCUCGAGGUCAUGCAAAUGCUGGGCCGUGCCGGUCGUCCGCAAUUCGAUGACAGUGCAACCGCCAUAAUCCUCACCCGGGCCGCUCACAAGGAACGGUAUCAGAAAAUGGUCUCUGGCCAGCAGAUCCUCGAAAGCACCUUGCACCUUAACCUGAUUGAGCACCUCAAUUCUGAAAUUUGUUUGGGGACAAUCACCGACGUCUCAUCCGCGAAAGCCUGGCUUGGGGGCACCUUUUUGAGUCUCACCGGAACCACGACGAGCCCCGCUCUCGUGGAUGACAAACUUGAAGAGAUUUGCGAACGUGAUAUCAAACACCUUCAGGAAGCCGAGCUCGUUACCGGCGAUUCUUCAUUUCGAUGUACCGAAUACGGGCGGGCAAUGUCCAAAUACAUGGUACAGUUCCAGACGAUGAAGUUGCUCCUACAAAUCCCACGCGGGGUGGGAAUGGAAACAUUGAUUACCAUCUUGUCCCAAGCUUCUGAAUUCAAGGAGUUCCGGUUUAAGCCAGCCGAAAGACAGCUGUUCCGCGAGGUCAACCAGUCUCCGUUGAUUAUGUAUCCGGUCAAAGAAGUCGUCACCCAGACCUGGCACAAGGUUUCGCUCAUGGUCCAAGUCCAGCUAGGUUGUGCACAAUACCCAGAUACCAGCGAGGCAGCCAAAGCCAAACGCCAAUUAAUGAUGGAGCGCAAGUUGGUGUUUGAGAGAUUGAACCGCCUAGUACGUGCUGUUAUCGAUUGCAAGGGCCACGAUCGUGAUGCCAUCGGUACCAAAACUGCCCUCGAGCUCGCAAGGGCUCUUGCCGCCGAGUCGUGGGAAGGGCGGGCUACUCAGCUAACCCAAGUCCCAAAUAUUGGGCCUGUCGGAAUGAGAAAGCUUGUGAGUAAAGACAUUCGAACAGUAUUGCAGCUGUCAGAGAGGAGCUACGACGAAAUUGAGCGCUUGAUGUCACGUCAACCCCCUUUCGGUAAAACCAUCCAGGCCCACCUCGACAAGUUCCCUCGCCUAACGGUGAGAGCGGAAGUUGUUGGUCAUCGAGUGUAUCCGAAAGCAGAGGCCCCGGUUGUCAUUCAGGUCAACGCAACCAUCGGGUAUACGAACCAAAAGGCCGCUCCACACUGGCUCAACCGCCCGCCAGCGCUGACAUUCCUCGCCGAAACAAAAGAAGGUACGCUUGUGUACUUUUGGCGGGGAAGCAUCAGGAAGCUAGACAGCCAGGCCGGCUUUGAUUUGAAGUUUUCCGUCGAUUUGUGCAGCUCUGAGGAUGUUGUCACUUGCCAUUUUACCUGUGAGGAAAUAGUCGGCACAAUAGUAUCAACAACCGUGGACCAUAACAUACCGGCUUCUGUUUUUCCCACGCGGCCGCCCUCGAAGCCAACCCUAGUAAACCGUACUAGCUCAGCCCCCAAGGUUAAGGAAACGGCUCAAAGCUACCUAGAAGUGGACGACAUUGAUGAUUUGGAUCUUAUUCUCGCCGCGGAACAAGCUGUAGCUAAAUUUUCAAAAGAACACCCUAAGACUGAUGAAAUUGGGUACCCACCUGUUGAGGAGCUCGUUGAUAGGGAUAGGUCACGACGCGAUGAGUUCGAUAACCAUCUGGCGGGCCAUGACGUGGAAGAACGCACGCGAUCAGCACAAAUCGGGAUCGCAGAGUCGGAACCAGUCCGGUUGCCAAAUGGGAAAUGGCAAUGCAACCACCCAUGCACAGGCGGUACCGUCACGCGAUCUGGCAAGCCUUGCACUCAUCGGUGUUGUAGAGACGGCCUCGACAAACCGCCCAAAAGGGCUGCCCAGCGGCGGAAGCGACAGGCGGAAGAAACAACGGACGCGUUUGAGGGUCUCGAGCGACCACGAACUUCGCCACAACCCCAAUCGCCAACAUUACCACAGUCUCAACAAGCAACUCAAAGCAAACGCAAAAGAUUACAUGACGCUCAGCCUCUGACCAAGUCCUCAUCAUUCAUGCCGAUCAAUGCUGUGAAAACGCAACAUAGUAGCUGGGAUGCGUUGGACAUCGAUGAUCUUGACUGUAUCGACCUCUCCUUUACCGACGAUGAGAGCGACCUGAUCGUCAAACGUCCAGUUACUGUUUCUUCAUCUGGAGACGGUAAUCUCAAGCAUUCCCCACAGGGUGCUAGGGGCGCUGGCUCGGAGACUGGGAACAACCCUUCCUCAACGCAAGUAAGGGAGACAGUACCCCCCGAGCGCAAGGGGCUGUAUGAGACACAUUUUCCAACCCAAGGAGAAGAAUUCAAAGAUGACGAUUUAGACGACUACUUGGAGGCCGAGAACUUCCCCGAGGUCCAACGCAUCAACCCUCGACGUCAGCUUUCCACAUCAUCAAGCACCAUGAAAGCCGAUGAACCGCCAGCCGGAAAGGGAACCGCUGAACUCCCUGGCACCCUCAUAGGCGAUACACGCGCUGCUGACGGUGACAUGACGGUUGCUACCAGGAACGACACAGAUAGUACUAUACCCUCGACAACUAUUACCCUUGACAACACAACGGGAAUCAGUUCGACUUCUCUACCGUUGAGCCCAGAUGUAGUUGAGCUUCCUGGGCCACCGAACAAGAGCCAGGAUGAUCCAAGCGUUGACAAAUCACGGGCACAAGCGGGAUCAGAUCCAGCCUAUGAUGAGCCGGCGUGGGUCGCGGAGUUUGAUCCCGAAUUCGUUGAUAUGUUUAGGGGGUAUGUAACGUUUGUGUGA